ACAGCUGACAGCCCAUCCACCGACAGCUGACUGGACGGGGCCGGAGCAGGGAAAGCUACAAAGUGGGGAGAGGAGGCACAAGCGUGAGGAAGCCCCUGGGGUUAUUGCACGGAAGGAGAGGUAUGCUUGGUCGCGUGACCAAGUAUAGGGUCAAGAACGAUGCUCCAUCCGAGGUGUUCGAGGCAGCCAGUGAGCAGGAACGAAAGGACCGACUCCUCCUCAGCUACGCCGAGCGCGUCGAGAAGACCCUGGACGUAAAGGCGGUGCGAUCAGGUGGUGGACACAAGAACGAGCUGGUGUUCGACCUCGUUGGCGUCGACGCUUCCAUCGCGAACGCUCUCCGAAGGAUCUUGUUAGCAGAGGUGGCUACGGUGGCCAUCGAACACGUGUACAUGUUCAUGAACUCGUCGAUCAUCCACGACGAGAUUCUCGCGCACCGGUUAGGGCUGAUUCCGAUCAUGGCAAACCCGCGCAUGUUCGAGUUUGUGGGAGAUGAAGGGGGCGAGCAAGACGAGGCAACCGACGGAGUUCAACACGUGCGUGUUCAAGCUGGAGGUGAAAAACCCGGCGGACCCGGCGGACAUGCCGGACCCUAUGCCGACGGGUACGAGCUAUGCGGCGGGGCCGCGACGGACCAUGAACGUCUUCAGGUCGGUGCCAUGGAGUGGUGCCCCCACGGGGAUCAGGUGGAGCGCUUUGAGGGGGAAGGGGGACUGCGGCCGGUGCACGAUGACAUCCUCAUCGCCAAGCUCCGACCAGGACAGGAAAUCGUCGCUGAGAUGCACUGCCGGAAGGGCAUCGGCAAGGACCACGCCAAGUUUUCUCCUGUUGCCACGGCGAGCUACCGAUUGCUCCCAGUGGUCACUCUGAAGCAGGAGGUAGAGGGGCAAGAGGCAGAGGAGCUGGUGGCGAAAUGUCCGCUGAACGUCUUCGACAUCGAAGACCUGGGCGGUGCUGGGAAGCGGGCGAAGGUGGCCCGCCCAAGAGAUUGCACCAUGUGCCGGGAGUGCAUCCGGGAGCCUGGGUGGAGCGAUAAGGUGUCCCUCUCACGCGUCGCAGACCACUUCAUCUUCGGGAUUGAGUCCGUCGGGAUGCUCCCGCCAAAGGAGCUUCUCAAGGAUAGCAUUCAGGUCUUGCGCCAGAAGUGCGACUCCAUGAUUGCCGAGGUGGAGGCAUUCGAGUCAGGGAUUGAUUUCGACGAGGCAAUGCCAUGACACGCCUCUACUCAACCGGUGUGGCCGCGGAUUCAUCCGGCCCUCGUCGGGAGCGCACAAGUUUCAAGUUUUCGAUUGAAAUUUUGGUCGGGACCCGGGGCGGGGGGCGGCAAGAGCUUGCAGUGCUCGGCAAUCCGUUGGGUACAGUAGGAAGGGCAAUAUUGUUGGGAAAUGAUUUUACCCACGACUUCACGCCCGGUUCUUGUAGAAGGUGACACUCCGUACGUAUUUGGGGAGAGCCAGGGAUGCGGUAGGGGGCGGGUACCGUUAGGGGGUGAAUUUUGAGAUACGUGCGUCGCCCCUGAGUGUUCCGGGCAUACUCGAAAAUGUUCGGCACGUAUAUACAUCUGUACACCUUCACUUCAAAUCAGCGCUCA